CGGCGCUGGCGUCGCUCCGUCCGUCGUCCGUCUGUUGCUACUGGUGCUAUUAUUGCGAGUAUAUAUUGCGACGAGGCCGUCCGUAGUAGUGCGAAAAGAAGGGCAGGUGCGGCACCGCGCGACCUCUGACCUGUCACGCGCCAUGUCUGGGGACAGUCGCCCGUGAGUCGGUGGUCGAUCGGCUCCAGUGUCCGAACACCCACCCUCCGCCGUACAUUCGCAUCGCGCGGCAGCUUCUUUUCACCCCUGCCGCUGCUGCCGACUCACACACACGCAAGUUCAAGGUUGCCUACCAACGGGUCGGCGCCACCAAAUGUCGUCGGCGCCCGCACCGUCGUCGGCACCGGACGCGCAGCCCAGGCCGAAGCGCCGCCGUUUUCCGCUCGCCAAUUUCUCAAUGGCUCGUCCGUAGUCCGCCGCAGCUUGUUCGCCACCCGACAUACGUAUUUCUGAUGCUGUCGACAAGCUCGAACCUUCUCGCCGCGAAGCAGCCGCCGACAGUCAGAGCCAUGACCUACGACCCUUACCUCACCAACUCGGCCGCCUCCAACGAGGCAAAGGUCCCAGAGUUCCUCAGACCUCUGCCCAAGCCCGCGGCAAGGUACACGGCAGGGGAGGUGAACAACUUCAUGCCCAGUUACGGCGCCGUCAGGAUGAUGGGCAAGAUGGCAUACCCGCACCCCCACCCUGGGCCGCACCUUCACCACCACCACCACCCGCUCCAGCAGGACGACGUGGCCGUCAACCUGAUGCACAAACAGGCAGGGCAACUGCCCUUGCAGUACUUCCCCUCCCACGCCUACUCCAACACCCCUCCCCUCUACUUCAACUCGGCCAUGCCGCACCAGUUCAGUCUGCAGCCCCAGCAGCAGCCCCCUCGGGCCUUCAACUUGGCCCCCUCGCCCAAAAUGGUCCCCGCUCGCGCCCCUCCUCCGCCGCCUCCGGUGCCGCCCCCACCCCCGCAGCAACCCUUCAAAGUGCCCUCGGGCAAGGAGGGCUCCAUGAAGCACCGCCUGCUGACCCCCGGCAGGGCCGAGGAGCCCCCGAAAAAGACCAAGAGCCACUUCGCCAGGGGCUCCCUGAUCAAACUGACCAACGAGCGGGUCGUCCGGAUCGAGGACAUCCGGACGGAGGACUUUGUCUUUGCUGCCGAGAAGUGUCCCGCGCUCAGACUCGACCCCUCCACUGUGGUGCGCAUUGCCGAGAGCGUCGUCAAACCCCAGCAGGCCCUCGUCGUCCUCAGAUACGGACCAGACCAGCAACAUCAGAUUGUGGAGAUGGAGGUGGUGCUGGAGCACCCGUUUUUCGUGUACGGCAAGGGGUGGUGCUCGGUCUCGCCAGAGCGGAGUUUGACCUCGUUCGACCUGCCCUGCGUGCGUCUGAGCGUGGGCGACACGUGCGUGUCGCUGUCGCCGCGGCUGCCGGCGCCGACCGCCCCCGCCUCCCUGAAGCGCCGCUGGUCGGCGCCCGACCACGCCGCCCUCCUCCUCCAACAAGACUGUGCCUCCCAGGACAAACGGACUAAGCACUCCGCCGACGUCAGAAGCAGGCAGUGACCUCCUCCUACUCAAAUCGUUUAUACAGUUGAUUGAGACACUAUACUUGUGUGCAAAUUACAGAAAAAAAUAAUGCGCUUUGCUUAUUCGUUCUGCACAAAAGAUUGUUAUUAUUUGUCAUGAGAGAGAUCAGUGGAAUCUCAAUGAAAAAUCACAAAUUAAAAUUUAAAACUCCUUGUCAAUGUGAUACACGGCUCCGCAAAUUUGCCACCGAAUCUCAAAUUUUAAACUUUCUGUUUAUGAUAAAACCAUCUAAAAAUAAGAAUUUCUAUUUUGUUUGGUUGAAAAUUUUAGAGAAAAUUAUUGAGAAAUUAACAAUAAUGGAUGAUUAUGCAAUUUUAUAUUUUAAAUUUUCUUUCAGCUUUGAAUUUUUCAUCCAAUUUACAUUUCUGAUACUUUUGUGCCGAUUUAUUAAUUUAAAGCACAAAUUACAAAUUACAAAUCUCAUAUUAAUUGUGAAAAAUUUUAUACAAAACCCUUAAAGGAACUGGAAACUUUCAGAAAAUACAAAUUUUUGACUGAAAAUGAUUUUUAUUGGCUGGAAGUUUCCAGUCAAUUUAAGAAAACUUUCAAAACUCCGUUAAUUUUGUUUUUCAAGCAACUCAGCAGCUUUAAAUGUCGUCACCUGAGCCUUUUGCUGGAUGAAAUUAUCAGACGGAAAAAGUAUUGACAAAAAGUACAAUUGUAAUUUUAGAAACGAUCCACUCGCGAAAAAUCUGUGUGCGAGACAAUCUUUCUCAAGAAUCAAUCCGUGUGGAGCCAAGAAGUGCUUGUAGAAAAUUUACACGUAUAAAAAUAAACUAAAUGUGAGUGCAAAAUUCAUGCAGUGCAUCUCGUCGCAAAUGAGAGUGCCUUCAGCGAUUGAAAUUAAUUUCGAAUCGAAUAUGGACAAAUAAAAGUUUCCUGCCGCAAAUUAUUAUUAUUGUUACACGAGAUAAUUCUAAACGAAAUUUUUAAACGAAGCACACAACAAUUAUUAUGUUGACGGGGAUCAGUGACAAAUUAGAUUGUAAA